CAAUGGAGAUGUUUUCUUCCUGAGACAGUUCAGUGGCUGCAGGUGAUUGUGUCAGUGAAUCUCAGGCUGCUACGGUACAGACUUACGAGGGAUUCUCAGGAGGAAAACUAUCAAGAUGGAUACCUCAAAACUUCCUAGGAUCCAGGAUGAGGAGCGAGAAAGCCAGUUUGGAUAUGUACAUGGGGUUUCCGGACCAGUGGUCACAGCGACCGCGAUGGCAGGAGCAGCCAUGUAUGAGUUGGUUCGUGUCGGUCACAGUGAGCUGGUGGGAGAAAUCAUUCGUUUAGAGGGAGACAUGGCGACCAUUCAGGUCUAUGAGGAGACGUCCGGCGUGUCAGUUGGUGACCCCGUCCUCCGAACAGGAAAACCCCUGUCUGUAGAGUUAGGACCUGGAAUCAUGGGCUCCAUCUUUGAUGGUAUCCAGCGUCCACUCAAAGACAUCAAUGACAUCACCAACAGUAUCUAUAUCCCAAGAGGAGUUAACAUAGGAGCUCUCAACAGAGAUAUAAAGUGGGAGUUUUCCCCAGGCCAGAGUCUUCGGGUCGGCAGUCACAUGACAGGCGGUGACAUAUAUGGCAUGGUUUUUGAAAACUCUUUAAUCAAGCACAAGCUGAUGAUUCCACCUCGCAACAGAGGCACGGUUACGUACUUGGCCCCGCCGGGACACUACGACAUUUCUGAAGUGGUUCUGGAGCUUGAAUUUGAAAGUGUGAAGGAAAAGUUCACCAUGAUGCAGGUGUGGCCAGUACGACAAAUUCGCCCAGUAACAGAGAAACUGCCUGCGAAUCAUCCGCUUCUGACUGGGCAGAGAGUUCUGGAUGCACUUUUCCCCUGCGUGCAGGGCGGUACCACUGCUAUUCCAGGAGCCUUCGGCUGUGGAAAGACCGUGAUCUCUCAGUCUUUGUCCAAGUAUUCCAACAGUGACGUCAUUAUCUACGUCGGUUGUGGAGAACGUGGAAAUGAAAUGUCUGAAGUGCUGCGGGAUUUCCCCGAGCUUACUAUGGAAGUUGAUGGCAAGGUUGAGAGCAUCAUGAAGAGAACAGCACUGGUUGCUAAUACAUCCAACAUGCCUGUGGCUGCUAGAGAGGCUUCCAUUUAUACAGGCAUCACUUUGUCAGAAUACUUUCGGGAUAUGGGUUAUAAUGUGAGCAUGAUGGCAGACUCCACAUCUCGAUGGGCUGAAGCUCUGAGAGAAAUCUCCGGGAGAUUGGCUGAAAUGCCUGCUGACAGCGGUUACCCUGCCUACCUGGGUGCCAGGCUCGCCUCCUUCUACGAGCGCGCCGGACGCGUGAAGUGUCUGGGAAAUCCAGAAAGAGAAGGCAGCGUCAGCAUUGUGGGAGCUGUGUCGCCCCCUGGUGGAGAUUUCUCAGACCCUGUCACUUCAGCCACAUUGGGUAUUGUUCAGGUUUUCUGGGGCUUGGACAAAAAGCUUGCUCAGAGGAAACACUUCCCUUCUGUAAACUGGCUGAUCAGCUACAGCAAAUACACGCGCGCUCUGGAUGAAUAUUACGACAAACACUUCCCAGAGUUUGUACCUCUCCGCACUAAAGCCAAAGAGAUUCUACAAGAGGAGGAGGACCUGGCUGAAAUUGUACAGCUUGUAGGCAAGGCCUCCCUCGCUGAGACCGACAAGAUCACUCUGGAAGUUGCUAAACUGCUUAAGGAUGACUUCCUGCAGCAGAAUGGUUAUACUCCCUAUGACAGAUUCUGUCCUUUCUACAAAACUGUGGGAGUCCUCUCCAACAUGAUUUCUUUCUACGACAUGGCCCGACACGCGGUGGAGUCCACGGCACAGAGUGACAACAAAGUCACGUGGGCGAUGAUCAAGGAGCAUAUGGGAGAGAUCCUGUACAAGAUCAGCUCCAUGAAGUUCAAGGACCCUGUGAAGGACGGCGAAGCUAAAAUCAAAGCAGAAUACGCUCAGCUGCUGGAGGACAUGCAGAACGCCUUCCGGACUCUGGAGGAAUAAGUUUCUCUCCUCCCAAAUAUCCAAAGUGAAGUGCAGCACAGUUGCAGAUUCAAAUGGCCUCAGUCCUGCAAACGUCCUCUUCCUUGGUGUUAAUGUGCCCCUAAACAUUCCAUGACCUGGAAAAAAAACUUUUCGUCUUUAAAUUCUCGGUUCAGUGCAGCACUUACGGAUCAUUAUGAGGUGAUUUAUAAUCAGCAAUCACGUGCUGCACGUGCACUUCACUCUAAUGUUGCAACAAGUGGAAAGGGACAUUUCUUUUCCCCCCAGAUGUGACGGUGAUAAUUCUAAAUAAUUCUUUGGAACAUGCUCAUGCAUAAAGGGACAGAUGCACUGUUAUAUCAGGGAGUUUAAAGGAGUCUUCCCCU